UCUCUAAAGGCGUUCCGACACACCUGUUCCUGAUGAUUCAUGGUCUACAUCAGCUAGCCAAGACUUUGAUUUUCGUUCCAAGAAUGUCCCGAAAUCACGCAUAGCAAAGCUACUGCAUUCUUCUUGGAAAUUCAUUAAAAACAUGAGACCAAAACGUGGCACUAUGAAACCAGGAGAUGGAACCUUAUCUGAGGACAACCAUCCUCAUUCUGAAAAUAAAGAUAUGGCUGAAACUCUUUCCAAACCACCAGUCAGAGUUUACGGCGAUCCUCUUCCAGUUUUACCAUCAUCUAAAUCUCUUCUGAAACCUUCUUUCAAGAUGUUAGCUGUCCUUGGUCUUGCAAAGAGUAUGUCUGAGAAGCCCAACAAAUAUGUUCCUCAUGUCUCUGGAGCUGUGGAUCAGAAAGGGCAAAGGAUAUUACAUGGACAAGUAGAAGGAGCAGAUAAGAAUGCUGAGGAAGAUUCUAUAGCCAGGCUUUCCGACAAACCUGGUCCUGAUGAUUCAUGGUCUACAUCAUCUAGCCAAGUCUUAGAUUUUGGGACCAAGAGUAUGUCUGAGAAGCCCAACAAAUAUGUUCCUCCUGUCUCUGGAGCUGUGGAUCAGAAAGGGCAAAGGAUAUUACAUGGACAAGUAGAAGGAGCAGAUAAGAAUGCUGAGGAAGAUUCUAUAGCCAGGCUUUCCGACAAACCUGGUCCUGAUGAUUCAUGGUCUACAUCAUCUAGCCAAGUCUUAGAUUUUGGGACCAAGAGUAUGUCUGAGAAGCCCAACAAAUAUGUUCCUCCUGUCUCUGGAGCUGUGGAUCAGAAAGGGCAAAGGAUAUUACAUGGACAAGUAGAAGGAGCAGAUAAGAAUGCUGAGGAAGAUUCUAUAGCCAGGCUUUCCGACAAACCUGGUCCUGAUGAUUCAUGGUCUACAUCAUCUAGCCAAGUCUUAGAUUUUGGGACCAAGAGUAUGUCUGAGAAGCCCAACAAAUAUGUUCCUCAUGUCUCUGGAGCUGUGGAUCAGAAAGGGCAAAGGAUAUUACAUGGACAAGUAGAAGGAGCAGAUAAGAAUGCUGAGGAAGAUUCUAUAGCCAGGCUUUCCGACAAACCUGGUCCUGAUGAUUCAUGGUCUACAUCAUCUAGCCAAGUCUUAGAUUUUGGGACCAAGAGUAUGUCUGAGAAGCCCAACAAAUAUGUUCCUCAUGUCUCUGGAGCUGUGGAUCAGAAAGGGCAAAGGAUAUUACAUGGACAAGUAGAAGGAGCAGAUAAGAAUGCUGAGGAAGAUUCUAUAGCCAGGCUUUCCGACAAACCUGGUCCUGAUGAUUCAUGGUCUACAUCAUCUAGCCAAGUCUUAGAUUUUGGGACCAAGAGUAUGUCUGAGAAGCCCAACAAAUAUGUUCCUCAUGUCUCUGGAGCUGUGGAUCAGAAAGGGCAAAGGAUAUUACAUGGACAAGUAGAAGGAGCAGAUAAGAAUGCUGAGGAAGAUUCUAUAGCCAGGCUUUCCGACAAACCUGGUCCUGAUGAUUCAUGGUCUACAUCAUCUAGCCAAGUCUUAGAUUUUGGGACCAAGAGUAUGUCUGAGAAGCCCAACAAAUAUGUUCCUCAUGUCUCUGGAGCUGUGGAUCAGAAAGGGCAAAGGAUAUUACAUGGACAAGUAGAAGGAGCAGAUAAGAAUGCUGAGGAAGAUUCUAUAGCCAGGCUUUCCGACAAACCUGGUCCUGAUGAUUCAUGGUCUACAUCAUCUAGCCAAGUCUUAGAUUUUGGGACCAAGUAUCAAGUUCCAUUAAAGGUUGAAGAAAAAAAGAAGCACAGAGGAAGUGACAUGGAAGUAUCAGAAAACAUAUAUGAUGCUGCGGCUGCUGGAUUAAUUCCACAAAGACAGAAUGGAAAAACUGAUAACCAUCAAUUGCCUAUUACAGAAAAUAAAGAUUCUGAUAGGAGGGAACCUGGUUUACAUAUGAAGAAGUUAAAGAAAGGUGAAAAUGAAAAAGGGACAUCAAAAGGAUCUGUGAUCACACCAGUGUUGCAGAAGGCAGAUGCCCUAGCUGGUGGUCCACUACAAAAGAAUGAUGGCAGCCAUUUCAGUGAAAAGGAUCAGCAUGAAAGCAGACCUGCAAAGAAAAUUUCUAAGAAAAAGAACAAGGUCAAAAAGCAAAUUACUUCUAUGGAUGACCUUGUCGACUUCAUUCAGUCAUCUAAAACAGUUUCAGAGCAUUGUGAGUUGCCUUACUCUAAGAAUUUCAUGUUGCUGAUCGAACAACUUGGCAUGGAUUGUAAAGAUUAUGCUGGCUUCUUGAAAAUCCAAGAUAUACGUGUUUCCUAUGAAAAAUUAAGGAAACUUAACAAAAAGCACUGUAAACUUCUUAUGGGAAAAAUGACAAAAAUGGACAAAAUGGUUAGUGCACUACAAAACGAGCUACAGGAAGCCAAAGACAUGAUAUCACGGUUAGAACAUCAAAAAGUGGAAUGGGAACGUGAAUUCUGCAGUUUGAGAUUUACCUUAAAACAAGAAGAAGAAGAAGAAGAAGAAGAAAGAAGAAAUACUGAUAUGUUAUAUGAAAAUAUUAGGGAAAAGUUAAGAAGUAAAGAAGACGAAUAUAAGAAAGAAGUUGAAACAAAACAACAAGUUGAACUCGCUCUUAGAAUGCUAAACACGGAAUUGAAGGCCACAAAAAAUCAGGUUGUAGAAGAGCGCAGUGACACUCAGUGGCAACUUUCUCCAGAACAGAAGGCCAGAGUCUUACAAGAUGGAAGUCUAAACAAUCUCUUUUGCAAGCAAAAGGAGCUAGAAAUGGCUCAUAAGAAAACUAAUUCUAAGGUAGUUGCGAGACAACUUCAACAAGAACUGGCUGAUACUCUGAAGAAAAAGUCUAUGUCAGAGGCUUCCCCAGAGGUUACGUCAUAUCUUCGUCUAGAAGAUGAAACACGGGAUCUCAAGAAGAAAUUAGCUCAAAUCACAAGUCAGUUGCAAGAAGAACAGGAACGACAUGGAGAGGCCGUAAGAUGUGCUCAGGAGAUGAAAGAUCAUGUGCAAAAGCUACAGGUUAAAAAUGCCACACAAGAAGCAACCAUCAAACAUCAAGCGGCCCAGAUUCAAGAUCUUGAGAACAACAUGAUAAAGACAAGUUUGUUACAAGAAGCACAGGAACGACAUGCAGAGGCCGAAAGAUACGCUGAGAAGAUUAAAGAUCAUAUGCUAAAGCUAAAGGUUAAAAAUGCCAGGCAAGAAGCAACCAUCAAACAUCAAGCGGCCCAAAUUCAAGAUCUUCAGAGCAACUUGCUAAAGGCAAGUUUGUUGCAAGAGGCAAAGGAUCGAGAGGCAAAGGACAUAAGAUAUGCGGAGAAGACGCUAGAAGUGCAAAAUGCCAGGGCAGAAGAAACCAUCAAACAACAAGCGGCCCAAAUUCACAAUCUUCCGAGCAACUUGUUAAAGACAAGUUUGGCUGAUGUCCUUACAACAGAACUGGAAACUACAUCUUCAAAAUAUCUACACCUGGAUGCAAAAAAUCAAGUUCUUCAAGAGUCAUUAUCAAUGAGAGCUUUCAAAGAAGAAUGUGAAAAACUAGAGAGCAACAACAAGAAGUUACAGCAAGAAGUAGUAAAAUUGAAACAAUUUAUGGAAAUGAAUAUGGUACAACGCAGUCAAGUGGAGCAGUAUAAACAGGAGAUUGAAGAAAGAGCACGACUGGACAUAGUAGAAAAAUUACACGAAGUCAACCUGUUUUUACAGGCACAAGCAGCAGCUCGACAAAACUUGGACCAGUUAAGAGAAAAUGACCAUGCUUCAAUGAGAAAUCAAAUGGAACUUAGAAUUAAAGAUCUGGAAUCUCAGGUCUCUACAAUGAAGACUUCUCAAGAUUCUACUAAAACAGAGUUGGAAACCUACAGGCAACUCUACCUAGAAGAAUUAAAACUUAUAAAGUCCUUGAGAAAUAAGCUGAACAGGGCUAAGGAGAGACUGUCAGAGAGCAAUACAAAUUUUCUUGUGGAGAGACAGCAGCACCAAACUUUACUCAGGACCCUUACUAUGAGCCCAGGCCUGGAACCACCUUAUUGUGGACAUUUUGAAAAUAAUUUAGUGCUCAAUGGAAACCUUACUCCAAGAGGAAACUUAGUGAUUCCUACCUUAAACCCACGGCCGUCAUAUGACGACAGGGAGGCUUCCUUGUGGAAGAUGCGGCAGGAGUUGGAGGAAAGAAUAACCAGAGCACUAGAAGAAGAUGCUACCAAAUUUGAAUGAGGAUCCUGUAGAAAUCCUUUAGUAUCUACUGAUGAUUCAAUUCUAAAUCAAGAUCCAGUAUGGAAAGCGUCACGAGAAUAUGUACAGAUUUUGAACAAAAAUUAUAUGAUUUGAAUAAUAAAUAGAAAAAAUUUACUGGAUGCUUACCAAACAUUUUCAUUGUUUCCCAAUUGAACACACUAUAUGGCAAAGUCUUGAUUAAAGGAAAAUGUUUUUGUAUCAUA